UCUACUUGGGGUGACGUCCCCACUGCUGGUUGUGUCACCAUCACGGCCACACACCAUCAUGGACCAGUUGUUGAGGGUGAUGCUGGUCACCCUCACCCUGCCGCUCCUCUCAACACCAACUACCACUGCUACUGCUGCUGGACACAACAAUACACCAACAGUCACAGGUACAACUCAGGAAGAACAUCAUCAUAUAGGUGUUAAGUUGCCUCGUCCACCCCGUGAUGAUGAUGGCUCUCUGGCGCCUCUGUGUCAACACCUGCCCUGUGAAACUCUACAGGCUGCCGGGAGACUCCGCAUCCCUGCCAUAGUGAGCUUAAUGAUCUUACACAAGGACUUCACAGGUGAGUCCUGGGCUCCGAGACUCGUGUUCCUCGACGAAGACAACAAUGAGUGUGGGUGUGUGGACGUGAGUCUAAGUAAGGAUAUAUUAGUCCAGGUAAAAUACAUCUGUCGUGGAGCACCAGCUGACUCGGCUCUUCUACCACUGGCGAUGUACACAACAGAAGGAUGGAUACAUAUUAAACUGGUGAAAAACGACGAAGGACUAAACAUUACUUUACUCAAGCCAGACGGCAGGACGCCCCUAAAAAUAAUGUCCUUACUUGGUGUUUUGUCUGAUUAUGUACGAGUAAACAAUGUACCACAGUUUGGUUACUCCAAGUUGGUUCACUACAACCAAAACACAACUGCCUCCAGCCCUGACACAGCUGCCUCCAGCCAAGACACAGCCACUACAUCAUCUGCCUCACCUACCACAGCCACGUCAGGAAACACAACUAAAACUGACACAAUCACCCAACUGGUGCUCACUAUAACAGGCUCAUUAUCAGCCGCUUCAUGUUUUUUGGCCAUUAUAUUCAUCAUCAAAAAUCUCUGGUUCUCGUCCGCUGAGGUGAACCCGACCAUCACACACGAAGUACCGGCACUCACUCCUCGGUGUCCAGGACAAAAUUCAGAUGUAAUGAUCAUUUUGUCCCCCCAAGUGUCACAGACUGCCGGUCAGCGAACCGCUAACUUAGGUCAUAGUUAUGGGCAUGGCACUACAGGGCAAGCUGCUGCUGGUUACAGCGGUGAAGCACAAAACGCCUCAAGCCACACUGCUGAGGGUCUUGCAGCAAGUCUUCACAGCUACGCCAGUGACAACAGUCUUUACGCCGCCGUCAAGACUACAUAAGACGGCUGCUGAUUGUUUCACUGCGAGUCGUACAUAAAUUAUUGACCAUUGUUCAUCAUUAUCCCAGCCUGGGAGAGUGUUGGUGUGUGGCCAGCGGACAACCUCACGAGAGAGACACCAGCUACAUGAACAGAACACAUGAAGAACGCUAACCACAUCAGCAGGACAUAUGAAGGACACCAACCUUAAGAGACGAACACAUGAAGAACACCAGCCACAAGAACAGGACCCAUGAACACCAACCACAAAAGGAGAGCACAUGAACACCAGCCACAAGAACACAUGAAGAACACCAGUUACAAGAAGAGGAGAAAUGAACAACCUCAAAAAGAGAGCACAUGAACACCAGCCACAAGAACAGGACACAUGAAGAACGUCAAUCACAUGAACAGGACACAUGAAGAACACGAGAACAUUAGCCUGGAGAUAUAGGGCCAUACUGAAACUAUCUGCAGUGUAAAUUGUUCUUUAGUUUUAUUCAUCAGCGGUUAUCUAGAACACACGCUUACAAUAAUUCCACAUUACAGAACUUUAUAAAUUCAUUGUACACUAUUUCUUAUUUCUGUUCAGUUUUCAGUAAAUAUUGAACAACAAUGACACAACAAAUUACUUUUCCAAAUCAUUUUUUUUUCAAUUUAAUAAAGACGUCUACAUCACUACUACUGUAAUACUU